AUGUUAUUUUAUGCUUUUUUAAAAAUUUUAAAAAAAACAUAUCAAAGAAGAUAUUUUACAGAAUCAAUAUAUCUUAAAAGAGAACCUCUUCGUAUUUUGUUUUUUGGUAAUGAUAAUUUCAGUACUUUUUCACUUUUAUCACUUAUUUCAUUAUUUCAAUCAAAUAAAACAAUAUUAGAAAAAUUGGAAGUUGCAACAUUAUCUGAUAUGAAAAUAGGAAGAAGACAUAAGAUUUUAUAUAAAACACCUGUAAAAUUAUUAGCUUUAGAGCAUGAUCUUAAAAUUCAUGAAAUAGAAAAUGGAAAUAUGGAAAAAAUUAAUAAUAUUAUUUAUGAUGAUAGAGAAAUGUUUAAUCUUGCUAUUACAGCUUCAUUUGGACAUUUGAUACCUUCAUCAUUUUUAAAAAAUCUAAAAUUUGGAGGAAUAAAUAUACAUCCGUCAUUACUUCCAAGAUAUAAAGGACCAGCACCAUUACACCAUACACUAUUAAAUAGAGAUAAAUAUACAGGAGUGACUAUUCAAACAUUAUAUCCAGAUAAAUUUGAUGAGGGAAGAAUAAUAAGCAUAUCAGAAUUAUAUGAAAUUGAAAAACAUGAAACACUUGAAAGUUUAUCUGAAAAACUUUCUAAAAUAGGCGCUAAUUUAUUAAUACAAGUACUUUUAAAACAGGAAUAUUUGAACAUUAAUAUGAAUAUACAAAAUCUUUAUGAACCAUCUUAUGCAAAAAAAAUGAAUAAAGAAAAUCAAGUAAUUAAAUGGAAUAUCUGGGAUUCAGAUGAAAUUGAAUUAAGAAGUCGUAUAUUUGGAAAAUUAAAAUGUAAAUUUAAAUCAUCAAAUAAAACAGUAAUUUUAAGCAAUAUUCAAAUAAUUAAUGAUACAGAAGAAAGAAUUUAUGGUUGUCCUGGUUUAUAUACAUAUUCUAAAGAUGGAUUAUUUGUAAGAUGUCUUGAUGGACGUAAUCUUAAGAUUGGUAAAAUUAAAAUUGAAGGGAAAAAUUGGAUAGAUGGUAAAGAAUGGUCAAAAACAUGUUUAAAAGGGAAAAAUGGCUAUUUUGUAUAAUAAAGAAUAUAAUUAAGAAUUUAUGAAAUGAUAGAAUAAACG